CGACUGGCGCUGCCAAAGGCUAGAUCCUGAACAACAACAAAUGUUGCAAACGAACUCGUCUUCCCAAAAUAAAACUGCAAUGUUUGGAAACAGGAAAGGCUGAGGUGAAAGGGUUCAUCAUAGCUUUCUUGUGCUGUAGUUCCAUUGGUGUCGUUGUGCAGGCCAGGACAAUUACUUGUUACCGUACCUCGUCAGCUGACCACAUCAUCGGCACAUGGUGUCUUUUUGAACUUCUCAACGAAAAAAUAUUCACUGCAAUUACAAGUAUUCGAAAUGGCAAGUUAGUAGCCCAUAAUGGCAGGCGUCCCACUUCAGGGUAUGGAUACAAGCUAUGGCGCAAACGAGGCCCCUGUGCCCAGUGUCAGCGUAACCAGAGGAGAUAUUCCAGUGGAGGCUGUGUUGCACGAUCUGGCCGGAAUUCUGCGCGACUCUGGGGAGUUGGUUCUGAAUAAUAAGCGUAACUUGUCACUCACGCCCUCCGUUGUGCGAUACCUCAAUGGCCGCUUUCGACAACUUGCCGCGACACCAGCAGGCGGGUCGUCAGGAUCUCGUGAUGCCGCUGAUGUGGAGUUCUUAUGGCAGUUUCUGCAGAAAGUGCCAUCUGUCAAGAUCAUGGGCAACAUGCAUCGUCCCAACAUUCAGCGUGUGUCGCUACACGUCUUCCAUAACCUGACACAUCUGACUCUACGUAAAGUAAACAUUGGUAACAUCAAUGGCCUUCAGGCGCUGCGCAGUCAGCUCCAGUCAUUGACAUGUGAACGCUCACUCAGAUCUCUCAAGAGUGCUCUGGUGAGGUGUGGGGCCGACGAAGCAGCGCCGUUCACCUGGCCGAAACUUGUGCACCUGGAUGCUAGUUAUAAUGGUCUAUCGGAGCUGGAUGACUCAUUGCGCUUCACGAGCGGCUUGGUCAGUGUUAAUCUGAGCCACAAUCAGAUCGCGGUCACUCAGGAUUUCUUCUACCCAUUGAAUGAUGUUGUGAUGCUGAAUCUGGCAUUCAAUCAACUCAACCGUAUUCCCACGCUCUGCUCCCGCGCGGCGAGAGUGCACCUGCGCACGCUGAUACUGAGAGGCAACAACCUGGACAAUCUUCAAGGCCUGCAGCAUUUACGCAUACUGCAGGACUUGGAUCUGUCCGACAACUGCUUGCUGACACAUUAUUCACUUUCACCACUCGGUGAAUUGGCCAACUUGGUGACGCUAACUCUUGCCGGAAAUCCUCUAUCGUUCCAGUCCAACCACCGUAUGCUUACGUGCGCUCAGCUGUCACCGCAUAUCAACUGCAGUGCCUUUGUGCUGGAUGCAAAGAAGCUCAAUGUCCCUGAAGCUCAGACUAUACCGCGACUUGGCACAUACGGCCUGGGUAUGCCUCCAUCGACACCAGAGAUCUCGUCUGUCAGUCGAGGCGCCUCGCCAUUGUCCCAUCCAUCUCCUUCGUCGGACACGGCAAGCAACAGGGUUGAACCGCUUGUGGCUUUGUCGUCGCGACCACCAAAGCGAGGUCGUCGCAGUCGAACCCGUGCAGCUGCCAUUGAAGACAGUCCAUCCGAGUCCGUGGACAAGGUUGCGGUUGCAACAUCUCCUCGUCAUCUGAAGUUUGAAAGUUCUCUGAAGCUUUCCCAGUACCAGCUGCUUAAAGAGCAGAUGGGGCCUGAAUACCUGCAACAGCUUGACUUGCCCAAUAACUCCAAGGCAAGAGAUCGUAGCUCAUCUGCUGAGAGUGGCUCUACCAUGCCAGCCUCCACCGAUGGCUCACUACAGAAUCUGUCUAGCUUACCCUACUCAUCCACACCUGUUGAUCCGAGUGAUCGCUUCGACUCGCUCGCCAUCCCAGACGCUUCUCCGGUCAAGAGUGUUUCGGCCACUGGGGAAAUUCCCUUCACCCGACACGAGUCUGACCUCAGCGAUAUGGAAAAUGAAGACGAUGGUAACAGUUUCUUGGUGACCGUGCAAGAGUCAGAUGAUGAGGGUGACGAGUUGAAACAGCAGCGUUUUGUCAGUGUGACCGACAAAGGUUUCCUUCAGGAGCGUGACUACAAGGCUGAGUGUGUGGAGAUGUUGGCACUGACAUGUCUGCUGCACGCCAGUCUUCGACCGACUACACCAGCAGCGCCCACUAGUGCUCUGCACACCGAUGAAGGUGCCACCAGUGAAGCAGUAGCGGCAGCGGCAGUGGCGGCAGCAGCCGUAUCCGGCGGUAACGACCAGUACACGCUACAUCUGGAGUUUGACUACUCGCGUCGGGAUCGCCGUCAGCGCGACUACAUAUUGGACAGUCAUGAACAUGGUCAGGCUAUGCUAGCUACAUUGUUGCCAAUAGUGGAGAGCAAUCGUGCAGCAGCAGCCGUAUGUCCAAUGUUAGAGUGUCUGACAUGCUCGGCAGUGUUCCGUGAUACAAGCGGCAGUAGCCAUGGCAACUCACCGGCGGUAGCAGGUGUGGCGGGGCAGGGCGGCGCGGAGCAGCGUUGCCCCACCUGUUCCAGUGCCAUGUUGGUCUCAGUGGAAGUCAAACCGGCAUCAAGAGACCCACUGCAGCCGUACCACAUUGAACAGGCACUGAGCUCUGGUCGUUCGUCAGCCAAUCACCUGACAAGAGAUGUCACUACACCAACGUUAACAUCUGUACAGCAUCAACGGUCACUGGACGAGUCCUCGGUCGGCAGCUUGGAGGCUGGCACGGGGGGCAGAGAAUCUGAGAGAGAAGACCCAUUGGUGGCUAGCUUCAACACUGUAGCAGCGUCACCAUCCACCACACGCGCUGGUCCACACUUGGAAGCAAGACGGUCACUCAUGUCCUCGUCAAUGCUCAUGGAUCCAGAACCAAGACCGGGAUACUCGCCUAAGCCGCUCAUGGAAGUCGAGUCUGAGUGCAGCUCGAGGUAUAUGUCAGGUACUGAUGACGUGGAUGCAGGCAUGACACCAGUAACACCCAUUGCAGAGAAAAUGGGCACAUCUGGUUUGCAGUGGAAAAGCGACGACCUGCAGUCGCUAACUGUGAAUGGCAGUGCAGGGCUGUCACGCCAGCAACCCGUGGCAACGACAACGACGAUAGCCUCCAGCACGGAGACUGGUAGCGUAACAUCGAAUACCACCACGCCCACGCAAACCUCACCCAUGUCACCGCCGUCGCCAACCACAGGCAGCGGCAGCAUUGCUGGUGGUAUUGCUGGUGGUGGUGCUGAGGGAAGCUUCACAAAGUUCUUGUCACGCUACAGUGUACAGGAGUCUGGGGCCAAGCCUAUCAUUAACAAUCAUGACAGUGAUGGAGUUGUUCCUCCGGGUGGUGUGUGGCAAGAACAAUGCCUACCUACAGGCACUAGCACACUCGAUGAGAGUCUGCGGUCAAAUUGGAUUGCCGGAGCAACCACUACAACCAACACAGCCGCAGCAGCAGCAGCAGCAGCAGCAUCGUCACUUCCCCGGGACAGUCCUGACACUGGCUCGUCCAGCUUGGUGAAUGCCGGUAGCCAGGCUGGAUCAGAACAGUCAUACUACUCAUCCUCCGUAUCACAGCAACACCAGCAGCUGGAUGAGUUAUCGCGACAACCAUCUAAAGCAUCGCCGGACACUACGGAUAGUUUACGUGUUCUGGAUCGUCAGUCUACGAUAUCCUCCUCACCCACACUGUGCUAUUCCCUGGAUGACUGUACAUACCUGAGCCAUGACUUACAGCUACACUUACAGUUAGAGUUCUUCAGCAAUGAUGAAUCAUGCGCAUGUAUUCUCAGGGCCCCCACGUUGGAUGUGGACAGCACUGAGCUAGUGGACAAGUUCCUUGUCGUGUCUUCAACACACUGGUAUCUGUGUGACCUUAGUCCCAAUCAGAGGAUAUGUCCGGAUUCGUGGCCAGCUUGCAGCAGAAAGUUGCCUCUCUCCGAUGUUUGCUUUGUGGAGGUGGGACUGGGUUGUCAGACACUGCGUGUGGAGUUUGACUCUCCCAAUGCCUACUUCACAUUUCUAGUCGGGGAUGAACAUCGGUGUCUGGACUUUGUGCAUCACUUCACAGGCGCUGUACUGAAGCACAUCAGCUGCUGUCGCCAUGCCUACCGUGGUAUCUUCUAUAGCAACUACUUGACACUACAUCACCUCAGACUGGAAAUCCUGAAAUCGAAUGCAGUGGAUUUCGAUCAUGUGGCGUAUGACAUUGUGUCGCGUCACUGCCUGCGUCAGUCUGUCUCUCUGGUACCGGUGGAUAGCAGUGGGGGUGUGCUCACUGCCUGUAUACCCGGUCAACACCUAGUCGACAUGCUACUCGAACUCAAACUGGAAGGAGAUAGACGUUCGGCUGUGCACAUGUGCCAGAAUCUCUUACGAGAUGGCUUACUGUUUGUGGAGGGUGGUAGCUCGCCGUCUGCUGUCUUCUUGGACAAGCCCACGCCAUGCUACGGCUUCAGUUCACAAACACAAAGCAUGAAGCAAUGGCCAACAUCAAAGUGGAUGGUGGAUUCUGUGAUUGCAAGUUACUUCAUUCAAUCAGGUGGAGAAAGGACACUUGUUGACGUGCUCGUGGUCGACAAAACUGUCUACCUAGCACGCCGUAACUACAACAUGCCCGCACCGCGUCUGCCUCGCAAUGACACCAGUACUGGCACUGCUACUGCUACUGGUGCUGCUACUGGUGCUGAUGGGAAGUUCUUCAGUGCUCUAGUGUCAAGUCAACUCAUUGAGAACAUGUCUUCACUGAUCCUGUACGAUGGCAGUCCGCACUAUCUUGGCAUUGAUUUCUUUGCAGAGGAUGUGGACGACAACGACGCAGAUAACUCCAGCAGCGGCUGGCAGUUUGAGUGCUGUUCACCGGCGUCCGUCAAGGCGCUGUGUUCAGCGCUAACUGCCGUCUGGGAGAAGGAGUUUCACGUUUCCCUUCAGACUGACACGAGACCAGGCAAUCCUCCUGCCCGCACCUGAGUGCAUGUCACACUCGCCUGUAGCUUCCCUAGCUUUCACGGGCUUGGGAAAAUCAACGUGCUUGCAGUUCACGAUAUAAGACAACAGAGAUGAGCAACAUUUACCAAAAAAACACGUUCUUUUACAAGUGAUCAUUAUCGACUUUAAUUUUAUACUCCAGGAACAUUUCUUUCCGAACGAAAAAUCAAUGCGCUAUCAUAUUUUUUCCGCUGCAUGUUACAUUAUGUACGAAGACAGUAUUCUCUCACAAGACUACACCGAUUACCAGGUACAUAAUUUCUGUAUGACUUGUCAUUGAUAAAUCAGCCACUCUGGCUGCAGAAGUUUAAAGUAAUUUUUUACUCUCUUCUCUCACGCUUCUGGCCCUGGCCGCACUAUUCAUUGAAUCAUACAGACAAUGCAUGUGAAGAGUCUUACAUGUAUUGAUAUGCCUGGUCACGGAACUUCCUCAUCAAACCUACUAAUGUGAGUUUCUAUUGCUCUCUCUCUCUCUCUCUCUCUCUCUCUCUCUCUCUCUCUCUCUCUCUCUCUCUCUCUCUCUCUCUCUCUCUCUCUCACGGAACGUCAUGAAGUCUAGUCCUGCUGCUGCUGCUGUCAAUUCUGAAUUACUGCGCCACACCACUGCUGGUAGUAGUUCCAGUACACCCAGGCUAGUGGACAGUGUUUGACAAAGCUGAAACUACUGUACUGUAGUGCUGUAUGCUUGUCAGCCAGUACUCUGUACUCUGGUCACUGCCCUGCUGCUAUUGCCAGUAUUGGGUCUUAUUUUUUUAUAAACUAGUUUUCAUCUCCCCGGCUUUACUCCUUGCGUUAUCAAUUCUGACGAUCUGC